AUGGCCAUCGCCUACCUGCACAGCCUGGACCUGCCCUCGCUCGUCUUGAACGUGAAGGCCAAGAACGUGCUGGUCCACGCCGAUCUGGGUGCGGUGAAGCUCGACCUCCUCAGCGUCUCGUCGCUCGUGUCGGAGAACUCGAGGAGGGAACCCAUCGAGGAGGCCAAGCUGGCCGCCCCGGAGCUGCUGAUGGGCCACAAGGGCCAGAGCAUGGACGUGUACGGGUGGGCUAUGGUUCUCAUGGAGGGCGUAACGGGGUGCCGUCCCUACGACGAGUGCACCACGUACGCCAAGUUGUUCGACAAGCUGGCCAAGUUCGACCCGCCCGAGCUGCUGGAGAAAGUGGAGCCGCGCUCCCUCAGGGAGGUCUUGCGCAGGCUCUUCGUCCGCCCCUCGGACCGGCCCACGGCGUACGAGCUCUUGGAGGAACGGACGUUCGCCAUCGACCCGGAGAUGCACGGCCUACGCUUCCUCGUCCUGGAUGAUGAUAACGUCAACCGCAUGGUCUGCUGCCGGAUCCUGGCGAAUGAGGGGCUGGAAUCCAUGGAUGCGGCCGAAUGCUCCCAGGCCGUCCAGCUCCUGGGCACGCGCCCCUUCGACGUUCUACUGACCGACAUCAUCAUGCCCGUCGACGGGUUCGAGUCGACGCGCCUGAUCCGAAAGCUCGGGUUCUCCGACAUCUACAUCAUAGGCAUCACCGCGCAUGCGACCGACGAACUCAAGACUCGAUACAGGGAUGCCGGCAUGGACGCCUACAUCAUAAAGCCGUUCACCUUCGUCCAGACCGGACCGUGA